UUGGGAUAGACGCGCAGUGAUCGAAAGAGCGCGACCUGAGCUCCUGGCCGGAGGAAACGAGCAGUCAGAGCGCACGCCUUGAGCGCGCGAUUGUGCCCAUCUGACUUGAGAAGAUCCAACACAACAUCGAUAAGCUCCUGGGGCAGGGAGUUCAUGGCGAGGCGCGGUGCACAACUGGGAUAAUGCUGAUGACUCAGCAUCUUCCAUCUUUUUAUGCUCUCAGCGCGAUUCUGUCAUCGCAGUCCUCCGCGUUGGCCAUGGAUAGCUGUCUCAUAUAGGCACUACCGCUGUCUACACACCUCUCUAGACUCUGCCCGCAGAUACAGGAUUCUCUUCCUAGGGCGGGAUGAAUUCUCCUGCGAAAUUUUGAAAGCGUUACACACAGCGCAGGACGUCUGGGAAAUCAUUUCCGUGGGGACGAAUCCUGAUACAAAACACGGGCCAUCCCCCCUCCGCACCGUCGCCCAAUCCUUCUCCAUCCCCGUGCACUUCAUCCCACCAAGCAAACCCGAGUUCAGACACUGGACGCUCCCCGCGCCCUUCCAUGCGGAGCCCUCGCUUUCCUCCUCGUCGCCGCCCGCGGACCACGUCUUGAUCACCGCGUCGUUCGGGCGGAUCCUCACCGCCGCCCAGCUCGACUGCUUCGCGCCUGAUCACCGGCUGAACGUCCACGGCUCCGUCCUGCCUUCGCUGCGCGGUCCUGCGCCCAUCCAGCACGCGAUAUUGUCCGGCGCACCCACGACGGGCGUGUCCAUCGCGCGGAUGCUGAAGAAGGGCAUCGACAAGGGACCGGUUUGGGCUACAUCUCAAGUGCCUGUGCGCGAGGAUGCGACAUUCACGAGCUUGCGGGACGAGCUUGCGGACCAUGGGGGCAAGCUGCUCGUUCAGGUCCUCCGCAACAUGCUGGCCGGCACGGCCGCAGCCACGCCGCAGCCCCCCAUCUCGCCAACUCAGCACGCGCGGGCCAUCACAACCGCCGAUUCGAUACUCGACUUCUCAACCAUGACUGCAGACGAUAUCGUCAUCCUCCACCGUGCCAUUGGACACCAGCGAGCGCUGACCACCUGGCUGCCCCUCGGCACGCGGCUCCAGCUGCACGACCCCACCGCACUAUCUUCCCUGCACCCCCAACUCUCUUCCGAACUCAUACUGUCCGAUAAACCCGGUGCCCUGGUGUACUGCAAGCCGGCCAGAAGCCUGUUCAUCCGGUGUGCCAGGGACACGGUGCUGGCUGUCCCACGAGUGAAGAAGGAGCGACGCAGCAUGUUGGAGGCACGAGAGUUUUGGAACGGGGUCAUUCAGAAUCCGCGGAUAUUCGUCGACGGAGAGGUCAGACUUGUCAGGAUGGGCGAAGAGAUGUGGUGAAGACGCUGCAUGUGGUAUCUUGGCCACGCUGCUGCUGGAUAUCUCAAACGAUUGAUUACGAAACGAGUCCACGCGAUUUUCUACUACAGGUACACUAAUAGUCUCAAAACGUCCAUGUCGAACACC